AUGAAGGAUGGAUCAGGAGUGAUUAAUCUAGCUGCCGUGGGGGAUGAUAAUGGAUUUCUGGCUAGAGAUAAACCACUUACAACCAAAAAUUCUGAUUUUAAUAUUCUCUACUCAUUUAGUCCUUGCCAGCCAUUCAGUGAACCUUUCGUGUUUGCUUCUGACUGUUUGGAUGUGGCUGCAUGCCUGAUUAUCAGGAACCAAGCUCAAGGAAAAGAGAAUAUUGAUUUUCUUAAUUAUGGAAGCCAUAAGCUGAAUGAAUUCAAUUAUGAUAACAUGUCAAAAAUACUCACUGUCACCUACUCAGCUUCAGUCAGCAGUUUACUGAAGACAGUAGUUCGCUACAACUGUAGUUCCCAUCACUCAGUGAUUGCUUUUCAAGAUCCAAAGAGUCCUUAUGUGCUAUGGAUUUCUGUCGAUAGUCCUUGUGCUUGCCCCAACAGUUGCGAACCUCAGGAUGUGGGUCCAGGAACCAUCAUCUUAGUGGUGUUCAGCAUAACUAUCAUGGCCUACUUCUUGUUUGGGUUGUGUGCAUUCCAUCCAGUCAGAACUCCAAAUGGCAUUGAAAUCAUUCCGAAGGAAAAUAUCUGGUUAAGCUUGUGUUUUGCAUGUGUGGAGAAAAGAAGAAAGCAGACAAGAGAGACAUCGCAAAUGAAAUAAUAAAGCAAAUUAGCUUAUGCUAUGACCUCCUAGGGACAUCUACUGUAUUUGCUGCAGAACAUUCAGAUUUAAUUUCUCUGUUCAUAUUGAAUAUUCCGCUUGGUGGCGCAAUAAUAUCAGCACCGGACUCCGGAGCAAAGGUUCCCGAGUUCAAAUCCAAGUCGGGUUGAGUGUCAAGCUAGCAACCUGGCCUCGUAAAAACAAGAAUAGCUUGCUACGGAAACACCAUCAUGACGGUGCCCCAAUAACUCCACUGCUGAGUUAAGGGCCAUUCUUCUUCUCUUCAUA